GUAUUGCAGCUGGCCUAUAACUGCUUGAGUUUUGACUUCAUGGGCACGAUCCCUGACGAGACGUCGGAGGACCAGACGACAGUUAUGGUGCCACAUAACUGGACAGUGUUGAAGGAUAGUGUGAUACCAAAGUUGUUCUUCCAGUUGUAUGAUAGUAGCUGCAAGAGCGGCUGGAAGGACUGCGCGAUAUACUGCCUCCAAUGUCUGGUCCUGCUCAGUUCACUUAGGCGCUCCUUCUUCCAAAAUGAGGAGGAAA